CUUUAAAACCUAUGUUUAAAACUGUUCUAAUAAUCUAGUAUUAAAGCUAAUAUAUAAAAUAUAUUCUAUUAAAAUAAAAAUAGUGCAACCGUGAUUAUAAUGGCUGGUCAAACGAUAAAUGACCGACUUCUCGCUGCGAAACACAGUUUAGCUGGUCAGGGGCUCGCCAAAUCUGUAUGCAAGGCAACUACCGAGGAAAUGUUGGGUCCGAAAAAGAAGCAUUUAGAUUACCUAGUACAUUGCACAAAUGAACCUAAUGUUUCUAUACCCCAAAUGGCCAAUUUAUUAAUUGAAAGAUCUCAAAAUACAAGCUGGGUAGUUGUUUUCAAAUCAUUGAUAACUACUCAUCAUUUGAUGUGCUAUGGAAAUGAAAGAUUUACACAGUAUUUAGCUUCUAGUAAUGUGUCCUUUCACCUCUCAAAUUUUGUAGAUAAGACUGGUGUACAAAGCGCCGUUGGCGCAAGGACGGGCUAUGACAUGUCCCCUUUUAUUAGAAGGUAUGCUAAGUAUCUUAAUGAAAAGGCAUUAUCAUAUCGAGCUGUUGCCUUUGAUUUUUGUAAAGUAAAGCGUGGAAGAGAAGAAGGUACUUUACGUACAAUGGAUGCAGAAAAUUUACUCAAAACUCUACCAAUAUUACAAAACCAGUUAGAUGCUUUGUUAGAAUUUGAUUGUACUGCAAAUGAUCUGACAAAUGGUGUUAUAAAUAUGUGUUUUAUGCUAUUAUUUAGAGAUUUAAUACGUUUAUUUGCUUGCUAUAAUGAUGGCAUAAUUAACUUAUUAGAAAAAUAUUUUGAAUUAAAUAAAAAACAAUGCAGAGAUGCAUUAGAUUUAUACAAAAAAUUUCUUAUUAGAAUGGAUAGAGUAGGAGAAUUUUUAAAAGUAGCAGAAAAUAUUGGUAUAGAUAAAGGGGAUAUUCCUGAUCUUACUAAAGCCCCAAAUAGUCUUUUAGAUGCAUUAGAACAGCAUCUUGCUUCAUUAGAAGGUAACACACCAACUGCAGCUGCAAACCAAAAAAAUUUAAAAUCAGGAAUGUCGGUAUUAUCAAAUACAAGUUCUGCUUUUGGAUCAGCCAUGGAUGAUACUUUUAAGCAAGCUGCGGUAGCAGAAGAAGAAGCUGCUUUGAAUGAAUAUAGAGCUCAUGUAGGUUCUCCAGGUUUGACAAGUACAAAUCCAUUUUUGAGUGAAGAGGAAUCAGAAAAACAAAACUUUAAAUCUGGAGCAAUAUUAGACUUGUUUGCUGAAGAUAAUUUAACAUCAGCGACUACGGCUCCAGCUGUAGCCCAAAGCAAUGUCAUGGAUGAUUUGCUCUCAUUAGGAGGCAAUCCGUUCUUUUCCGCUCCAGCCCCACCAAACACAACUGGUGGAACAUCAAAUGGCGUGCCAGAUUUUUUCUCAUCGCAAUCUACUUUGCCGCAACAAACUAAUCAAGGCAUGUGGGGAAAUUCCAUUCCAUCAACGAAUGCCUUCUACGCUCCUACAUCUCAACCUACUCAAAUAACACAACAAAACUUUGGUAACCUUACGGGACUCUUCGAUGCUAAUGGACCCUCUGUAUUUGAUCCACUUGUUUCAACAGAUCAACAGAUCCCUCUUCCAGUACCAGCACAAGCUUCCCUGCCUCCACAACGCCCCCCGCAACCGUCAAAAUUGCUGACUGGCGAUUUAGAAACAAGUUUAAAUUCUUUAGUAGAAAACCUAGCAAUUGACUCUGGAGGUAGUAAAUGGAAUUCACCCAAGAAUCAACAAAGAUCGACUGGCUGGCAGCCCCAACCCUUGCCAGCAACUACAGCAGCAUCAUAUCGGCCAAUGGUCGAUCCACAGAUUAUGCCUUCAACGCAAUCGCAUCUCAUUUCACAACAAGCGAUACCUCCUCCAGCUGGAAUAGAUCCUGCAAUAGUAAAUUCAGCUACGGCCCCUCCAGAUCAUCAAAUGAUGGAUAGCCAAAAAAUAGGAUGGAGUAUGGAGCCAUCUCAGCCAACUACGUUCGAUCCAUUUGGGGCGUUGUAAACAUAUGUAUGUAAAAUAUGUAUAUCCAUAGAAUAAUUUUAGCAUUGAAAUAUCAUCACUUUCCAAUAAAGCUUUAUUGUUUUGGUAUUUAAAAAAUACGAUAUUGAAUUUUAAAUUAAAUUAUUAAAAAAAGUAUUGUUAAAUUUUCGAUAUUUAUUAGGGAUGUAUUCAGUAGGGGAUUACACUUGUCGACUAAUCACGCAAUGUAUUCACAGUUCUUUUUCUUGAGCACAUUUCGUUAAUUUAUUUUCAUAUAAAAUUUAAUUACAUUUUAACAUUACCAGUGUUGUUUUAAGGCAAAUUUGAACUGGAAAUUUUAGACUAAACUGUCUACUAGAAUAAGUUUAUUUUUAAAUCAUUUGUAUUUUGACAUUCUUCCAUAAGACACCGAAAUAAAGAAAACAUUCCUAAUAGACUAAUAAUAGUUUAAGUCUCCGUUUGCGGCGGAGAAUUUUUAAAGGCUUAAUUUUCCAAAUAAGAAGUACUGUACAUAGUUUUUAAAAUGAUGACUAAGCAAUUUUUUUAUGGAUUUUCGUACUCCUGUUUUAUAACAUUCUAUCCAUGUAAAUCGCACAACUAAUGCCAACUGUAUUAUCAAGAAAAUAUAUGUUUUUUUUAUUAGAAGCAUGAAAAAGUUAACUACUUUCUUGUGGUUAAAGUGCAAUAAUAUAUACAUUUUAAUUGAAAAUAUAUUUUGAUUAAAAAAAAUAUCUAUGAGUACAGUUAGGUUUCACUUGCUGUUGCUGCAAACUGCGAUCAAAAUAUAUUAUACAUAUGUUAUAUUUCGUAUUUAUUUGUAAGCCAGCAAUAAAAGUAAAAAUUCAUGAAGAAAUCGACAAUAAUUAGUAAACAUUUUUAAAAAAUAUAAGAUUAUUGAGGACUUAUUAUGGUCACUAAACAUUAAGAUACUUCGUAGUACUUAUAUGAUAAAAUUAUCUUACCUGGUUUUAAUUUUAUAUAUUACAUGUGAUACAUGGUUAGUUACAAUAUGCAAACUAGAUAUUGUAAUUAUAAUUAAUUACAAUACUUAGUUGUAAACAACAAAAACUGAUUAAUCGACAAGUUUAAUGGUAAUUUUCUAGAUCUCGUAUAGAAUGGCCAUGUAAACUGAAAUAGUAUUUUCACAUGAAUUAGUGAUCGGAGUAAUAUAAUGUAAAAUGAAAAAUAUGAGUUAAUGUUUUUUUUAUUAAUUCAUAUGUUAUAAUUCAUUAAUUAGUCAAGAAAUCAACAGGAAUAUGUAAAUUUACAGUACAAUCGCGAAAACAUACAUAAAAACAUUAAUACACCAUGCACCAGUCUCUUUUAAUUUUUGUUUGUUUCAUGAUAACAAUAAAAUCGAAGUCAGUUUAAUACCGUAUGAUCGAAAAAAAAACGGCGUAUUUAGUGCUGUAUUAUUAUUGAAACGGGCUAAUCAAAAAUAUCUAAAGUUAUUCUUUUGAAUGUGGGUUUUAAUGCUCUUCAAUAAACCUAAAUAGAAUUAUUCUCUAAAAUAAUUAGGGAAACCAAUAAUUGCUCGACGAUGCAACACCCGGAAUGUAGGAUACUUACACUUUUGAAAACAUAUGUCAACGUAUUUGAAAGAUUCAUAGGUCAGUGACCAGAAACAGAGCCAGAAAGGUUUAAAUAUUUUACUCAUGUUAUCGGUAUUGUACUGGAUAUUUUCUGUCAAUCAUUGUCUAUUUUUUGUUAUAUAAACUAUAAGGUAUUCCAAUAAGAGGUUUCGGAUGUUAAUAACGAAUAAAAUAAAAGUUUCAUAACAUACCUAAAAGUAAUUUAUGGCAGUGCGUAGCAGGACAGUGUACAAUUAUACGUGGAACACAAUAUCUGCCAAAUGACCCAACAUACACAACUUCCCUGGUAGCACACACGUUGAGCAUGCAUCGGGAUUUCGUGGCAAACAACUCAACAAUUGAAAGAAGAAAUUAGGCGAAUAAUUCGUAACAUACAUAACGCCAGAAAUGUGUUUAACAGUAAUGGAAAAAUUCAACAAAAGGAUUAGAAGUCGUGGUGACUUGGUGGUGAUUUGGUAUUUAUUGUAUUCCACGUAUAAUUGUACUCUUUCCAGCUAAGCACUGCUAUAAAUAACUCUUGGGUAUGUUAUGAAAUUUUUAUUUUAUUCGUUAUCAACAUCCAAAACCUCUUAUUAGAAUACCCUUUAUUUCUUUUUAGAAAAAAAAGUAGCUAAUCAAAGUAAUGUUACAUAUUAAGUAGAUCCUGAGAAUUAUGCAAGAUAUGUAUAAAAAACGUAAGAAAAUAUAUUUCCCACAAGCUUAUAAUUCAUAAUACGCCAAUCAAAUUAGAGCGAUCUCUUGGAAAAGAACGUUGGAAAGCUAAUUGUUGAUUUGAUUGGUUCAUUUGACGUGAAAUAGAAGUUUCCUAGGUUUGCACGGUUAACAGUUGAAGAUAACUCUUUAAUCACUUUGCUAAAAAAGGGAGAUAUCUCGCAAAACAAAGUGGAAAAUGACUGUGGCGUUAGUGUUAAUAUGUUCUGUACGUUUAUUUUUUAGCGUUACUAUAUUGUGCAUAACAAUCUUCAAAGGUUUCGGAAUGUCUUCAUCUAAAUCAUUCAAAAAAUGAGCCAGCUUGGGAUAAGAGUGCAGUGUGCAUAUCAUGCGUUGUAUGUCAACUUUAACCACGUUCUCGUUGGCGAUCGUCUAUUAUUAUAUAUUCUUGAUACCACUUUUCAUUUGACAUUUUAUAAUCAAUGUUUUUACGAUGUGUUUACGAUGUUAUUUCGAUUCGAUCAAUAUUUUUACGAUUACAUCUUAAUCGAUAUAACGAUUAAUUUUGUUUUUGGUCAUUUGGUCUAUUAAAUUAUCGUUUUUUCAAGCGAACUUUUACGGUCUUUGAAGAAUAAUCCUCCAAAAGAUUAACUGCCUCCUCCUGUGGGGUUAACUGCCACGGAUCUUCAUCAACACGGUUAUCACUUUAUCUUCUGAACGAGGCUAGAUGGAUUCAAAACGAUGUUUUUACCACAAGUCGGGUGGCUUCUCGCCUCUUCCGUCAUUAGAUCAAUUACGAGACAAAUAAGACAAAGCACAUCUUUGUCAUCUCUCAGUUCAGCUAGAAUUAUUAAAAAAUCCUUAAAGGCCAGAUUUUUAACAGAAUGGAAACUAUCUCAUACACAUACUAAUUUCAUACAGAGGUAGAAGGAAUGAAAAGGUACAAAGAUAUUUAAACUCAACAUAUAUUAACAUAAACCCACAAUUUGAUGCUUUGUAACUUUUGUUGUAUUUUUUCUAACUAGAAUGACGUUUUUUUUUGUAAAGGACAAUUCAAUAUCACUUUAAUGAAUUUUCAGCAAAAUGGAUAAAUAUCACCACCAAUUUUCAACUUUCGAGUUUAGCCAUAGUACUGAACAGAAUUUAAUGAAUCUCAUCGACAUAGAAUAUAUACAUUCGACAGAACUAAUACAAAUUAAUUUUCCUUUAAUUUAUUUAAUUUAUGUUAUACUGAAAUAUUCGCUAGAAUGCAACGUUUAGGCGAAAAUCUGAAGAGUCCAAGAAUUUUACCAUCUUUUGAGCCUCCCAAAGUCGAACUCUCCUGAGUCGAACGUCGGUCUGGCAACCGUGCAAACCUAGAAACCUUCUAUUUCACGCCAAUAAACCAAUCAAAUCAAUAAAGAUUUUUACAACACUUUGUUUCAAGUGACCUCUUUAAUAAAUCUAAUUUGACUGGCAUAUAACUAAUAUUAAAAUUAUUGUAAAAAAACAUAGGUCAACGAUAUUGGAAAAUAUGCAUAUUUGUUUAAGUAAUUUAUUUUUGGCUGUAGAAAAUAAAUAUUAGA